UAAAGUAAUGUGGGACGAUGGAGGAUGUAUAUAAUAUACAUAUAUAUGAGCAGAAAAGGCAAUAUUGAAGUCAUCGUCCUAGUCCAUUUGGCAUCCAAUUACACUUGUUCCUCAAGCUUCUUCAAUACUCUCUCUCUGUUUCAAUCUUGCUAUUCGCGGAUUCCACUAAAACAACCCUUCCACUUGCUCUUUUAACUUCUCACUCUUUAAAAAACACAUACAGAGAGAGAGAGAGAGAGAGAGAGAGAUUUUGCAGUUGCGGAAAUGGGUGAUUACGAGCAAGAAGCCCCUAAUAAUUCAUUUCACCACCCAAGAGAAACCCCCGCCACCGCGCGCCGUCCCAGAGGCCGCCCGCCCGGCUCCAAGAACAAAUCAAAACCGCCCACGAUCGUCACCCGCGACACCCCGAACGCGCUCGGCACCCACAUCCUCGAGGUCUCCUCCGGAAACGACGUCGUCGAGAGCGUCUCCGCCUACGCCAGGCGCCGCGGCCGGGGCGUCUGCGUCCUCAGCGGCUCCGGCGCCGUCUCCAGCGUCUCCCUGCGCCACCCCGCCGUGGCGCUGCAGGGCCGCUUCGAGAUCCUCUCGCUCUCGGGGACGGUGCUGCCCCCGCCCGCGCCGCCCGGGGCCGCCGCCCUCUCGGUCUUCCUCGCCGGCGCCCAGGGCCAGGUGCUCGGCGGGACCGUCGCGGGGCCGCUCGUCGCGGCGGGGCCGCUCGUGUUGAUGGCGGCGUCGUUUGCCAAUGCGGUGUUCGAGCGCUUGCCGCUGGAGGUGGAGGAGGAGGGGACCUCCGCUAAUAGCGCCUUGUUUAGCGGGGUAACUGGGAAUGCGGCGGGGAAUUAUCCUUUUGCGGCAGAUUUGUUUGGAUUGGGCGGUGGAAGUAAUGUAAGGCCGCCGCCACCACCGUUUUGAUUUUCUUGAAAUGUGUGCUUUUUUUACUAGUAUUAAAAAAAUUGAUUUUUUUUUCUGUAGCAUAAUUGAUCGUUGGUAAUGAUAAUUAAUGAAUCAAACCAGCUUUUGUUA